AUCACUCAUCAGCCCGUCUCAGCCAUGAAAAUCACCGUAAAGACACUGCAGCAGAAGGUCUUCCAGAUCGAGGCCGAGGGCACCGAUACUGUCGCGGACCUCAAGCAGAAGAUCCAGGAGACACAGGGCCAUGGAGUUGAUAGCCAGAAGUUGAUUUACUCUGGCAAAGUUCUGCCUGACUCCAAGUCGAUCGAAUCAUGUGAGAUCAAAGAGAAGGACUUCCUGGUGCUCAUGGUGUCGAAGCCCAAGCCUACUGCCGCCACUGCCGGUGCAUCGAGUUCAACCCCUGCCGCAAGCACCGCGCCACCAGCGGCCGCUGCACCUGCCGCCGAGAGUUCCAUCCCUGCACCUGUCGCACCCUCUACUGCGGCUCCCCAACCUCCCAAUGCGCCCAUCCUCACCCCUGCGCAAGCCGCGCCCGUUGCACCUUCGCUGGGCGACGGCUUCCUCACCGGAGAGGCUCUCCAGGGCACCGUCCAGAACAUGAUUGAGAUGGGCUUCGAGCGGGAACAGGUGAUGCGCGCACUUCGCGCGUCCUUCAACAACCCCGAGCGGGCGGUCGAGUACCUUUUCAACGGUAUUCCUGCACAUCUCGACCAACCUGCUGCCCCCGCUGCCGCUCCCGCCGCCCAACCCGCUGCCCCCGCCGCACCAGCAGCGGCAGCAGCACCCCAGGCAGCCCAGCCCGCGCAACCCGCCCAGGCGCAGAACCUCUUCCAGCUCGCCCAGCAGCAACAGCAGCAGCAACAGCCCGCUGGCGGCCAGGGUCUCGGAGCUCUUGGUGGCCUCGGUGGCGCAGCAGGAGGUCCAGGCGGCACCGCUGCCCUCGCCGCGCUCGCCAACCACCCGCAGAUCCAGCACCUGCGCGAGAUCAUGGCGCAGAACCCCGCGCUCAUCCAGCCCGUCAUCCAGGAAAUUGCUGCGCAGAACCCCCAGCUCGCACAGCUGUUCGCGCAGAACCCCGAGGCCCUCGCGCAGAUUCUCGGCGGCGACCUUGGGGACGAGGAGGAGGGCGGGAUCCCGCCCGGCGCCCAGGUCAUCCAGGUCACGGAGGAGGAGCGCGCUGCGAUCGAGCGGCUGGAGGCGCUUGGUUUCCCCCGGCAAGCGGUGAUCGAGGCGUACUUUGCGUGCGACAAGAACGAGGAGCUCGCCGCGAAUUACCUCUUCGAUAGCGGCUUCGACGACGCGUAGGCAGCUGUUAUUCCUUAUAAGUACGGCUGUCUACGCUCCUACGUCUUCGAGUCUUGAUCCGGGAGAGGGAGGAUUGUGCAUAUCCCAGAUGUCUAUGUAGCUAUUUGUCUUCCGUGUACGAUGCAUACAGCGGCUCCCCCUACGAUGUAACUAUUCCGAUGUACACGAUGCUUUACUGCACACUGUGUAUAGUGGACUUCUCCAAAUCACUAGCAGCAUUCUAAGUACUACUAAGUAGUAAGUAGACGAACGGCUCCAUUAAGCGUCCGGUCGCAUCCGAGCAACUGUGCAGAACAGAGGAUCCUUU